UUGAUGUAUCCUUCUCCCUCGAGCCGACAGCGAGGCCCGGCCGGCUCCUCUUCCGCCUCGUCCGUCUCCGCCCCCUCCUCCACAUCGGCUCGACACACCUUGCCUGCGUUAGACGACCCGGGGAUACUACAGACGUCGUCGAUCCAUCGGGCUCCCGCUCCCGCUCUCAAACCGGAUUUGCGUGGGCAAUUCUUUUUACACGACGAAGUGUUAGAUUACCCGCUAUCCACCCCGGUUCACGCUCCUGCCUCGCGGUUACACCCAUCGCCAUUGACCCAUCGACGGAAACAGGCCAAGCCUCAUAAAGUGGACGAGAACUCGCAAGUGGCGGGCACGUCCAUCGUGACCCAAAAAGGACGAAGUUUUGAGGCUCCACCGUACUCGGCUAUUCAAGGCUAUUUAUCUGACGCCGUCAUGUCGGGUGAUUCGGAUGAUUCUUGUAUUCUGGUAAUUGACACGGGCAUGGCCUCACCGAGUCAUAAUAAUGACGAAGUCACGGUGAUUGAACCCCAGGCUGCCCGCCAGCCGGAUCCUGAGGCUCCAGCCCAAGAUUCCCAGGUAGCAACGGUCGAAGCCCAGACUGAUUCAACCGCAACGGAACAGAAUAAAUCGGGGCCCAAAGGAAAAAGACUAACUAAGCGUAAAAAAUCCCAAUCACAGGAUGGUCCACCCAAUGGUUCCGACGGAGAGCCCUCCCAACCGGCAAAGAAGAAGCCCAAAGUGACGACGCCUAAGAUGUCAAAACCCAAGGUCACACCUGCUAAAUCGUCCGAGAAGAAGAAACCGUCGACCUCCAAGUCAGAGUCGCCGGAGAAAUCGUCGACCUCGCAAAGUAAAGGCGAAGCUUCCGUCAAAAGCCCGACCAAGCGACGGAAUAGUGUGACCCAGAAGUUUGAACAAGUGGAAGAUGCCUUAGAGGCUAUGUUUGCCGGUUUGGAGGACGAUGCUCCGAGGUCGACCCCUCUAGUAAAACCGAAAAAGGUCGAGUCGUCAACUCAGCCCGUGAACGGUGACGGCUCCACAAACGAGGAUUUGAGUCAGAAGUCUAAAGCCAAGACAGCCAAGGCUAAAAAGCCUCCGCCCCCCAAAAAAGACAAAGACAAGAAGGUUCUUUACAAACAGACCCAGCAAGAGCAGCUAUUGACUCAGUUCAAUGGACCUUUUGUCCAUGUAGGAGGCGAUCUUCAAAAGCCGGAGUGGAGCAACGUUAUCAAUUCGCCCAUUGAUAGCCUCAAUCGUCCCGGGAGCAAGAAGCCCGGUUUGAACGAGGCCGAACAUCGCAAGAAAGUUCAAGGCUUGACUCAUUCUUCCACUCUCAGUGGAAACUACGAUGCCAAGAACACGGACCAUUCCUGGGUAUGCGUGUUCUGCAAGAAGCCCAGUCAUUUUCAGCAUAUGGGCGAUCUGUUUGGACCCUAUUUCGUCCCCGGGGAAACGGUGAGUGCGUACUACAAACAGCUUCAAAGCUCCAGCGGGAAAGCGGAAUCGGCUGCGUCCAAGUUCAUCAUCGGAGGCGACUCGGGAUCCCCGAAGAAGAAGAAGAAACGGAAACUGAGCGAGAGCUCCAAGGAGCAAGUGGAAGUGUGGUUCCAUGAAGAUUGCUUCUGUUGGCUCCCCGAGAUUAGCCUGAUUGGCAACCGUUUGGUGGGCCUGGAAACUGCCAUUUCGGGCGCAGAAUCUAGUACGUGCCGCCGAUGCCAUAAAUCCGGAAGCACGAUGACCUGUAUCCGCUCAGGAUGCAGGGAAGUGAUUCACUUCCCUUGUGCCCAGCAAGCCGAUUGGCAUCUAGAUCAAUUCAAUUUUGAGGCCACUUGUUUGAAACACAUUAGUUAAAGGCUGACCGUGUAGGACUAUGGCUCUGGAUUCCAUAAAAUUAUUUUUUUGUUUAUUUAAAACGUCAUGGUUUGUUCUUCGA